CUGUUGAAAUGAUGAUCACUUAUGUCUUUAUCUCUCUCUCUCUCUCUCUCCAAAAUAUCAGUCUUUUUCACUGCAGCUAUGCUGUCUUAUUCAACCCCAUCUCCUCUCUACCUGAGCCUCCUUCUCUUUCUGUCCUGCAACUCCCCUGUUCUUUCCUGUCAGACUGGAAACUACAGCCAGUGCAAGGCUGCUCCUUUUGUACCAGGUCACAACCUGGUGGGGGAGGGAUUUGAUGUGGUCACUCUGCGACGAAAGGGAGCCUAUAUGAUUGAUGUGAAUACCUACUUCACCCCAAGUGAAACAUGUACUCUCUGCUCCAACCCGCUUCAAGGCAACGUGCUGCAAAAACUGCCAGUCUCUGCAGUGGACUGGCGUGCAUUCAGCCGAUGCAGUGCCGAUAUUUACAGCAGCAUCCACUCCACUGUUAGCUCUCUGGUUGACACCUACACCUCCCAGGACAGUACUGACUGGAAGACUGGCCUAGAUUUAGGGAUGUUUGUGGGAGGAAAGCAAUCCGCUGUGUAUAACUUUGCAUCAAAAAGGGCCGCAGAGGACCGCCACACCUUCAGCACACACAGGGUCACCUGCAACCAUUACAGUUACCGAGUAUCAAACAGUCCGUCUCUCAGCUCUGAGUUCAGUAAGGAUUUAGCCAAGCUACCACAUUUCUACAACAGCUCCACCAGAGCUCAGUACAGUGAGCUUAUACACACCUACGGCACACACUACAUCCGCCAGGUUCACCUUGGUGGUCGACUGAGGCGAGUCACAGCUGCACGAACCUGUCUGUCCUCACUGAAUGGACUCUCCUCAAAUGAGGUCUACUCCUGUUUAUCGCUGGGUUUCUCUGUCGGCUUGGGAAAAUUCAAAUUAUCCAGUAACAGACAGUCUUGCAACAAGGUCCUACAAAACCAGGGUCUCUCGUUUAUGUACAGCACUGGUCUCCACCAACACUACACAGAGGUGGUAGGAGGCAAUGGUUGGUUGGGAGAGUUUGCACUCACCCAGAAUGACUCCCUCGGCUUUCUAACUUGGCUGAGCACCCUGAAGGAUCACCCAGAUGUUGUUUCCUACUCCCUUCGGCCAAUCUAUAGCCUGAUGACAAAUGGCACGCAAAAGGCAGGGAUGAAAGUUGCCAUAGAGGAGUACUUGGAAGAUAACGCUGUGAGAACGUCGCCCAAUGAGCCAAACUGUGGGUGGCACAUUCCUAAUCUGGCUUCCAACUGCUGUCCUCUGCAAGCCUGGAGGGGGACGCUAAGGGUUACCAUUGUGCGAGCCUGGAAUUUGAAAGGAGAUCCAGUUGGAAAAACUGAGGGCUAUGCUAAAAUGUGGUUUGGUUCCUUCUAUCGGAGGACUCGUUGGAUUCGGUCAAACAAUCCCCGGUGGAAUGCGAAUUAUGAUUUAGGCAAGGUGGACACACACUUGGGUUUGAAGGUUGAAGUCUGGGACAAGGAUAUAUGGCGUGAUGACCGUCUGGGAUCAUGUUUCAAGUAUCUUCAGCAGGGGACACACACAUUUACCUGUCGAGCUAAAAGAGGCGGUUUUGAGGUCCGGUACACUCUGACAUGUGACCCUCAUCUGGCUGGAGACCGGUGUGAUCGUUACAAACCAUCUGCAAAAUAACAAAUGUAUUUUGAGUUAAUUAAUGUAAAAAUUCAUGUGACUCAUCAGUUUAUGGAUUUAUUUUGCUACCACUAAGAGAUAACUGUAUUCAGUUUUUAGCCUUUAUAUAAGCUACAGUUCAGGGCUGUAUUCAUAUAUUAAUAUUUUUAAGUGAUAGAAAAAUUGUACUUUUUUGGUUUUCAGUAGUUUUUAAUGAUAAAUAAUUACACACACACUGAAUCAGCUGCUGUGUAUUUCUACUAAUAUGUGAGUCUAAUUUCAGUUGUGUAAAAAUGAUCAAAUCCUUGUUGUGUCACUUUACUUCUGAUUCAAAUAAAGCCUGUCAAAAACA